GGAUGUGGGAGAAGACGGAGGAGCGGUGAAAUACUCUGUGUUUGCGUGUUUUGGAUAAGGGAGUGUGUCAUGGUAAAGUGGACGGACUUCACAUCAGCAUCGAUGUCCUGAGCUGAAGACAUGUCCUUGUCUGUUAUGGACUACGUUGCUCUGUCCAUCUACUCCUUCACUUUUCUGCUCGGCCUUCCCGCCAACAUGCUGGUGUUUUUUGUUUAUGUACGCAAGGCUCGUAAGCAUGGCGCCACACCCAACGUGGUCUACGCCCUCAACUUGUGCGUGGCCAACCUGGUGCUCGUCGUCUGGCUGCCCGUCAAGGCUUCAGAGACCUUACUGAAGGACUGGAGGCUGCCAGCGCCCAUCUGCCCCAUCUACAGCUUCUUUCUCUUCGCCUCGUUGUACGGCAGCUGCCUCUUCAUCACCGCGGUAACAGUCGGGCGUUACCUCAGCAUCGCAUUCCCAAUUAUCUACAAGAGAUAUCGGCGUGCUCGCAUUUCUUGCUUCAUCAGCGUCGCCUUGUGGGCCUCUGUCCUCAUCCAUUUAAGUAUCAGUCUCGUGGCUGAAGGAGGACUUCAUUUUAUCUCCUCUAACGGAAACGAAUCUGUGUGUUACGACAAAUUCACCGAGUCCCAGCUGAAGGUGCUGCUACCACUACGUCUGGAAAUGGCGAUUACACUGUUCCUCGUUCCUCUGCUGGUGACAUCAUUCUGCACUUUACGCUGCGUCCUCCUGGUGUGGCACUCGAAUCUGCCUCGUGUGGGGAAAAGAAGAGUCCUGACUGUGGCGCUGUCCACACUCACUGUGUUUGUGGUGUGCUACGCACCCUACAACACAUCACACAUCGUGGGGUUUGCGUUGCGAAAAAGCGUGGAGUGGAGGAGCAUCGCCAUGUUGACCAGCUCCUGUAACGUUUUUCUGGAGCCUGUCGUCAUGCUGAUGCUGUCGCCGGCCGUGUCCAGGGGCAUCAUGGGAAGAAUCUGUGGACGUCAGAGUCAGUUUAGCCACAUCGAGGGGUUUCGCCACGGGUGUAAAAUCACUAACGCUGUGGUGAACGCCCAGGCUGCGGCAACACUGUCGGAUAAAAGCCAAGUAGGAGCGGAAGUGACGAGAGUGAGUCAGGACUGAGGUCACAGCAGAUGGAGACGGAACCACUGAGGGAAAAUAAGAACAGUUCUGCCACAUGUAUGAUAAUGAUCACAUUUGUACCAUAAUUA